CAUUAAUGAAAUACUUUUCCUUUUAUGGCGAGUGCAGCUAAAGCAGGCGUUGAAAGCAAUGUGUGGAGGAAAAUAGAAACUAAAUUGAGGAUGCUAUCUUACAAUUGAUUAAGGGCACAUAUAUAUCUUAAUUAGAGGGCAGCUAACAUGAAGAACUCAUAUUAAAAUGUGAGGUAUUCAUUAUAAUUAUAUCCAUAAUAAGUCACGACUACACGUGGUAUAAAAUGACGUGAUUUACUGAGAAUGAGCUGAACAUCUAAAUGUCCCACUAAUGCAUUUUGGAUAAAUGGAUUUUUUCAUUACAAAAGUGACCUUGGACGGACUCCAGAAAGCAUCACUUCUCCAAAUUAUUUCUAUGUUUCCUGUCAAUAUGAAUAAGUCAUCAUCUCUUACCGUUAAGAAGAUAUUUAACCAAGUGUUAGGAACCAGUAGUGACUAGACCAAUCAACUCACAGUACUAUCCAGAAAACCGCCUCUUCAACAAAUAAAGAGCAAAAUGAACCAAACCUUACCCCCAUCAACCAACAGCACAGCUGCCACAGUGAAAUACUUAAAGAACAUCAAUAUUUUCCUCCACUGUAUCAUAUGUGUUCUUGGUGUUGCUGGCAAUGGAAUGGUCAUCUACAUCGCAGGCCUCAAAAUGAAAAGGACGGUCAAUACCGUCUGGUUUCUGAACCUGGCAGUAGCUGAUUUCCUGUUUUCAUUUUUCUUGAUCUUUAAUAUAAUUUACGAAUAUCGUGAUUUGGAUUGGCCUUUUGGUGACUUUGGGUGCAAGUUGAGUAGCCUGGUGACUGUGCUGAAUAUGUUUGCCAGCACGUUCCUGCUGACAGUGAUCAGUCUGGACCGCUGCCUGUCCAUCUGGGCGGUGGUGUGGGCUCGGACUAAACGGACCGUCCUGAAAGCGAGGAUAAUCUGCCUGCUUAUUUGGUUAGCAGCAGUUGCUUGCACCAUGCCUUGUGUCAUCUUUCGGAAAACAUCUCAAAUUUCUCCACAACAAACAGUGUGCAUGCUUGAUUUUUCAGGACUUAAAGCCUACAGGAGGGAGGUUGUGUUUCGUUUUGUAGUGGGUUUCCUCAUCCCAUUUGUCAUAAUCUUUGCUUCUUAUUUGGUGAUCGGGGUACGAAUUAAUCGCCUCCGGAAAGACAAUAAACUAAAACCCUUUCGUAUUAUCCUAUCUGUAAUCCUGGCCUUCUUCUUCUGCUGGCUUCCAUUUUAUGUUUACCGGUUCCUCGAAGUGUGGUUGCAUGAAAAGAAUGAAACAAACCCAUCAGAUGAGCUGACCAGCUUCAAGAACGUUUUUGACCAGAUAGGGCUCUUCAUAGUCAGUCUUGCUUACUUGAACAGCUGCCUGAAUCCUUUCUUGUACAUAUUCAUGUGUGAAGAUUUUCAGAAAAAGCUCAAGCGGUCUUUGGUGAUGGUAUUCGAGAGCGCCUUCGCAGAGGAACAUCUGGGUCUCCUCUCGCAACAUUCCCAAUCCCAACACAAAUCUCAUUCCCAGAGUGGAACCGGACCCAGUCUGACCCAGUCUGUGACACUUGAGGCUUAGAUUAAACAUUCACAACACCACAUGUGUAUUUAAAUGAAUAACAUGCAAAAAGGAAAAGCACAUGCAAUUCAUCAAAAUAUUAAUAGUAUGUUCUUCAUUUGUUUUAGUUUUUUUUUCAUGUUUUAAAAUGGAAGUUAUAGAUUAAAGAAAAAUUAUAGAUGUAAUGUGCCAUAAAUAUAUGAAUAGGAUGCAUGCCUCAAUAACUAGAUAUUCAAGAAAUUGAUAAUUGUAUUUUGUAUCAUUUCUCAUUUACAUGGAUGUCUGGUUUUAUAAUGAACUAAAAUGUAUUUUUGCUUUUGCUUUACAACAAUGUUUGAAUAAAUCUCAUA